AGAAGCAGUCCCCCCCACACACACACCGUCACUGCUUUACGGUCCGGCCGAGCGAGCGGUUAGUAGGCUGAACCCACUUCUGCUGUGAGGAGGCAUUAUCGACAUUUCGUCUUUGACAGCCGGGCACCUCUGCUUCGGGAAAGAUUUUCAUUCGCCCACACACCGAUGUUUGCCGUGCAAGGAGAGCGAGGAAAGGAAGAAAUAAGCUAUUAAAUCGUCGGCUCGGGUUUGCUCCGCAGGGGUGGCCAGAGCAAAACAGAGCAGACCCUGUCCCCCCUGGAUUGGAGAGGGAAUCACAGCCACUGCUCUUGCUUCACAGACCGUCUUUGGCUCCAUCAUGCAGACCUCCAUUAUUUUACUUCUUUCCUCAGUUCUCCUCUUGUCUCUCCUCAUCCCCACCUGCUCCUCCCAGAGUGAGACAGAUCUCAUUGUUCAGACACGUACCGGUCGAGUCCGUGGCACCCGUCUGCCGGUGCCUGACCGCAGCUAUGUCACAGCUUUCCUGGGAGUACCUUUUGCUGAGCCACCAGUAGGGAAUCGGCGUUUCCGGCGUGCUGAACCCAAGCGUCCGUGGACAGGGGUGUAUGAGGCCUCUGCUUACCCCAGUGCCUGCUUCCAGUAUGUGGACACGUCAUAUCCUGGCUUCCAGGGCACAGAGAUGUGGAACCCCAACAGAGAGAUGAGUGAAGACUGCCUGUACCUCAAUUUGUGGGUUCCCUCCUCACCCAGACCACACAAUCUCACUGUCAUGGUGUGGAUCUAUGGCGGAGGCUUCUACAGUGGGUCUUCUUCUCUGGACGUGUAUGAUGGUCGUUACCUAGCUCACAGUGAGACUGUUAUUGUGGUUUCCAUGAACUACCGGAUCGGUGCCUUUGGCUUCCUUGCUCUGCAUGGCUCCUCUGAGGCUCCUGGCAACGUGGGUCUGCUGGACCAGAGGAUGGCGCUACAGUGGGUACAAGACAACAUUCAUUUCUUUGGUGGAAAUCCCAAACAGGUGACUAUCUUUGGUGAGAGUGCUGGUGGUGCUUCAGUGGGAUUCCACCUCUUGUCUCCAGACAGCCGACCAACCUUCACCAGGGCCAUCCUUCAGAGCGGGGUCCCCAACUGUCCUUGGGCCUCAGUCAGCCCUGCUGAGGCACGCAGACGGGCCACUCAUCUGGGCAAAUUGGUUGGCUGCAAUGGAGGCAAUGACACUGAGCUGGUGGAUUGUCUGCGCAGUAAAUCUCCUCAGGACCUCAUUGACCAGGAGUGGCAGGUCCUGCCAUGGUCAGCCCUCUUCAGGUUUUCUUUUGUCCCUGUUGUGGAUGGUGAGGUUCUCCCCGACACACCCGAGGCCAUGCUUAGUUCAGGCAACUUUAAAGACACUCAGAUCCUGCUUGGGGUGAACCAGGAUGAAGGUUCCUACUUCCUGCUCUACGGAGCACCGGGCUUUAGCAAGGACAACGAGAGCCUCAUCUCCAGGGAGGACUUCUUGGAAGGUGUCAAGUUGAGCGUACCACAUGCUAACGAUAUUGGCCAGGAGGCGGUAGUCCUGCAGUAUACUGACUGGAUGGAUGAGAAUAAUGGGCUGAAGAACCGCGACGCCAUGGAUGACAUUGUGGGCGACCAUAACGUCAUCUGUCCACUGGCUCAUUUUGCUCGCUCUUAUGCCCAACACAACGCCCUCAAGGCUAACAUGGGAGGAGCCAGCUCUGGGGUGAUGAACAGUGGUGGAAACUCACAAGGAGGUAUCUACCUCUACUUAUUUGACCACCGAGCCUCCAACCUGGCCUGGCCAGAGUGGAUGGGUGUGAUCCACGGUUACGAGAUCGAGUUUGUCUUCGGCUUGCCACUAGAGAAGAGACUCAACUAUACCCUAGAGGAGGAGAAACUGAGCCGACGCAUGAUGAGAUAUUGGGCCAACUUUGCACGAACUGGAAAUCCUAAUGUGAACAAUGACGGGCCAGUUGAAAGCAAGAAGCGCUGGCCUGUGUUCACUAUCAGCGAGCAGAAACAUGUUGGACUCAACACCGAAACACUGAAGAUUCACAAAGGUCUGAGGAACCAGAUGUGCGCAUUCUGGAACCGUUUCCUGCCACGCCUCCUCAACAUCACUGGCAACAUAGAUGAGGCAGAGCGUCAGUGGAAGGUGGAGUUCCACCGCUGGUCGUCCUACAUGAUGCACUGGAAAAGCCAGUUUGACCACUACAGCAAGCAGGAGCGCUGCACCGACCUCUGAGAGCCUCAGAUGAGAUAAUAAUGGGAAGGAGGGGGGGGAGGGGUGGGGUGGGUGGUAGACAGAAGAAGCUAUGGCCACUUCCUCCAUAGCCCCUCAGUGAAGUCUAACUUCAUUCAACAUUUGAAAAACAUUUUCUGAUUCACUGCACACACAAACACAGACACUGUUGAUCUUUAUUUAUAUUAUUUAUACUAUUUAUUUAUGUGUUGUUCUUCUGAAUUUGUGUGUGUAUCUGUGGAACCUUAGGGCUAUGGAGAGAACUAGUCAUCAGUACGGAGGAAUAUUAGAAAUGUUAAAGAUGUAUCAUUACCUCGGGUGCAUGUGUGUGUGUGCGUGCGUGCGUAUGUGUGCAUGUGGGUGUGUUUGUGUGUGUGUGGCUUGAAAGACCCCUGUUUAACUCAAACCUUGACAGACCCAUAAUCACUGCCACUGGUUUACAGUUCAUUUAAUUGUCUAGUGUUGAUUCAUCUUUUGUUUUCUGAGGAUUUUCUUCUUCCCAACAUAUCAGGGUUUUGUUUUUUGGACUCAGCAACACUAUAUAUAUCUGUCUCAUUUCUGUCAAAGUUCAUAGUCUGGUUCUUGUUCCUUGCUGUCAUUAUGACCACUAUUCCCAUUACCUGUGAUGUUCUGCUUAACGUUGCCUUGUUUAUUUCUCAUAUGGUAGAGUCAUAAGCUGGAUUGCUUCCAAGUGUUUUUGUGGGAAAAGGCUCCAUGGAAACGUUAGACUUCCUAAAUUUUCCUCUGUAUUUGGUAAACCACUCUGUGCUAGUUUGAUGUGACAUGUAGAUUUUAUAAGUUAGAUCCUUCCAUUUGUGCUAUAGAUGGUGCAUGAUAUUCAACCCGACAGCUUCAACUGAUGGUGCCUCAUUUAUGUUACAUUUAAAAAGUUCACUUUAAAUCAGCUUGACAGUACUACUGUAAAGAAA